AUGAGGACGCAUCUGAAAAAAGCUGGAAUAAUUGGAAUUUUUUCUUUACUACUGUUGUAUAUUAUUAACUACAUGUCUGGGAAUUGGAGCCAGUCUGGUCCAGUCAGGUCCACAGAUGAGCAGCGUGUGAGCUGGAGACUGGACAGGAUUGAAGAAACCCUAAACAAGCUGACAAUGUUAAUCGAAACAUCUGCCCAGAGCUCCGACAUCAAACAUUUACCAAAAGUGGUUCAACAAAAGAAGAAGAUCCCAAAGCCAAAGCUAUAUCCAAACUCAGCGCUGUUUACGAAGUGGGGUGAUGACCUGACAGAGGACGAGCAAAAGGAAGCAGAAGCUCUGUUUCGUAUGUAUGGAUACAACGCCUUCCUGAGUAACAGGACGCCACUAGACAGAGCACUUCCAGACACAAGAGACAGCAGAUGUCGGAAUGUUUACUACCCUGAAGACCUGCCAACCAUCAGUGUGGUGCUGAUCUACUUAGACGAGGCUCUUUCUGUCAUUCAAAGAGCAAUACGAAGUAUCAUUGCCCGCACUCCAAAGCACUUACUGAGAGAAAUCAUUCUAGUGGAUGACUAUAGCAAAAACAAUGACCUUGGACAACGGUUACAAGACUACAUACAUCAUAUUCACUCAGAAAGGCCUGGCCUCAUAAGGAAAGUACGGCAUAAACGACAAAUGGGUUUGUCCCAGUCCCGGAACUCAGGUUGGCAGGUUGCCACAGCGGAUGUUGUGGCCAUCUUGGAUGCCCAUAUUGAAGUCAUAGAGGGAUGGGCUGAGCCUUUGCUGGCCAGGAUUAAAGCUGACAGGACAGUCGUGGUGUCCCCUGUGUUUGAUAAAGUCCACUUUGAUGACCUACAUGUGGAAAAAUAUCUCUCAUUUGGACAUGGCUUCGACUGGGCUCUGUGGUGUUUAUACGAGUCCUUUAGCCAGGAUUGGAUAAACAAGGGGGAUGAGUCUCAGCCUGGAAAGAGUCCCUCUAUCAUGGGAAUCUUUGCAGCAGACAGACGCUUUCUUGGAGAAAUCGGCGGGCUUGAUGGUGGAAUGACAAUUUAUGGGGGAGAAAAUGUUGAACUUGGCAUUCGUGUGUGGCUUUGUGGAGGUAGUAUAGAGGUUGUACCUUGCUCCAGGAUAGCUCACAUUGAACGGAUGCACAAACCAUAUGCACUUGAUCUCAGCCCUCUCAUGAAGAGGAAUGCUUUGCGGGUUGCCGAUGUCUGGCUUGACGACUUCAAGAAAAAUGUACUGAUUGCAUGGAAUCUUCCUCUUCAGAAUCAUGGGCUUGAUAUUGGAAAUGUGUCUGAGAGAAAGCAGCUCAGAGAAAAGCUGAAAUGUAAGCCUUUCAAGUGGUACUUGGAGAAUGUGUAUACAAAUCUGGAGACUUGGGAUAACCUUCUGGGUUAUGGGACACUGAAGAACACCAUCUAUAGCAGGUACUGUGUGGACCAAGGUGCUGUCCCAGGAAAUAUCCCCAUUCUGUAUGAGUGUCAUUCUCAACAGCCACAGCUUUGCUACUAUAACACAGAAAGUGAAAUCAUCAUUGGGGGGCUUAGAUCACACAAAGUCAACAGCAACCAAUGCCUGGUAGAUUCAGGCAGUGGCAGCACACCAACCCUGCAGGACUGCAAGGUGGCAAGGCAAAAGGAACUGCACAUGCACUGGGAUUUCAGACAAGGUGAAGCAAUUAGAAACAAAGCAACAAACAGAUGUCUAGAAAUCGCCUGGGGGCUAAACGGCUACUAUGAACUCAUCAUUCAGAAGUGCACUGGACAGGCUUGGAAGAUUGACAAUGUGAUCACAACUUUUUAGUUUACUUUGCG